UCCGCCAAAAAACAGCAUGUUCAUGCCGAGAAUGAAAGAAAAAAAAAUAUUAUUGAAGAGCAACAUGGAUUGACGCAUGUUUUACGAGGAUAUAGAAUGAUGUAAUAUUUACAUAUAAUUAGCAACAUACUAGAAAUGGACUUUGUCGGGAUUUUCAGUGACGAAGUAGCUAAGAUAGAAGGUCGUUACUGACACCUCUGUGUAUUUAAAACACAUGUGUCACUGAAGAUGUGGAGGGCAGGUCGUGUCCUUGGUUUGAGAUUGGCAGGAAAGGAAAGGGCAGUCAGACUCUGUUCCAGCCACCCACCAAAACCUUCAUCAUCCCAGCCAAGUUCCUCUCCGCGGCCCAGAGCCGAGAAGCAGAGGCGUAGACGAGAGCGAGAGGAGGCCAUACUGUCAAGUCAGCACAGUAUAGCUGAGGAUGAAUCUGUGAAGUGGAGUGAGAAACAGAAGAUAUUGUACACCGCUCAGACACCUCCUGGGACGAAGAAAGACACCAGUUUGCCACUCCCGCCCUCAUACAGUCCAGAGUAUGUGGAGUCCAGCUGGUAUCAGUGGUGGGAGAAAGAGGGACUCUUCAGUCCAGAGCAACAUGAGAGGUUAUCUCACGCCGUGGAUCAGACCUUCUCUCUGUGUAUCCCUCCGCCAAACGUGACGGGUACUCUGCACCUGGGUCACGCUCUGACCGUAGCUGUAGAAGACGCCCUGGCUCGAUGGAGAAGGAUGCAGGGCUACAGGGUACUGUGGGUUCCUGGAUGCGACCAUGCAGGUAUUGCAACACAGACAGUGGUGGAGAGGAGACUGCUGAGGGAAGAAGGGAAGCAUAGACAGGACUUCACCAGGGAAGAGUUUCUACGAGAGGUGUGGAAAUGGAAGAACGAGAAAGGAGAGGAGAUCUACCAUCAGCUGAGGAGGCUUGGAGCUUCUCUGGACUGGAGCAGAGCAUGUUUCACCAUGGACCCAGUAAGACCACAUGCAUCCAGCAUCUCUGUUGUUUUCUGCCAUGUGACCUGUGUGAAUGUCAGACAUUUUCAACCCCUACUCAUCUUUAUAAAGGGUUUCAGCAGAGCUGUGACUGAGGCCUUCAUCAGACUAUGUGACUCUGGUCUGAUUUAUCGCUCAGAGGGUUUGGUCAACUGGAGCUGUGCUCUGGAGUCUGCCAUCUCUGACAUAGAGGUCGACUCAAAGGAGCUGCCUGGGCAGACCAUGCUGUCUGUUCCUGGUUAUGAAAACAAGGUGGAGUUUGGAACGAUGGUGACCUUUGCAUACCCCGUAGAAGGCCACGAAGGAGAGGUGGCGGUGUCCACCACCCGUCCCGAGACGAUGCUGGGAGAUGUGGCUGUUGCCGUCCACCCAGACGAUCCUCGAUAUCAGGCUUUUCACGGGAAGCAGUGCCGACACCCCUUCACCAACAGACUCCUGCCCAUCGUCACUGACCCAAUGGUGGACAUGGAGCUCGGAACAGGUGCGGUGAAGGUGACUCCGGCUCAUGACCACACUGACUUCCUGCUGUCACAGAGACACUCACUGCCCCGUCUCACUGUGAUUAGAGGAGAUGGAACCAUGUCACCCCCCUGUGGACAGUGGCUGGAGGGAGCGAAGCGUUUUGAUGCCAGGCAGCUCAUUGUGGAUGCUCUGGUUGAGAAGAAGCUAUUCAGAGGAAAGAAGAGUCAUCCUAUGACUUUACCUGUUUGCAGCCGUUCAGGAGACAUCAUUGAACCUCUUCUGAAGAAGCAAUGGUUUGUCCGUUGUGGUGAGAUGGCUAAAAAAGCCAUCCAGGCGGUGGAGGACGGACAGCUGGAAAUCAUUCCUCACUUCUACACCAAGACCUGGAAGCAGUGGCUGUCCAACAUCAGCGAUUGGUGCAUCUCCAGGCAGCUUUGGUGGGGUCAUCAGAUCCCGGCUUACAGAGUGGAGCUUCCUAAUUGCACCGAAAAAGAAGAGGAGAAGUGGGUUUGGGGACAGAGCGAGGACGAGGCCAGACAGAGAGCUGCCGUCAAAUACGGAGUGAGGCCGGAAGCCAUCACUUUGACUCAGGACCCUGAUGUCCUGGACACGUGGUUCUCCUCAGGGCUCUUUCCCUUUGCGAUGCUCGGCUGGCCAGAACAGACCGCUGACCUUCAACGUUACUACCCCAACUCCAUCCUGGAGACAGGCAAUGACCUCAUCUUCUUCUGGGUGGCAAGGAUGGUAAUGCUGGGCACAGAGCUGACUGGACAGCUGCCCUUUAAGCAGGUUUUAUUCCACUCUCUGGUGAGAGAUAAACACGGCAGGAAAAUGAGUAAAUCUCUUGGAAAUGUCAUCGACCCACUGGACGUCAUACACGGAGUCUCUCUGGAGAGACUUCAGGAGAAAGUGAUGGAAGGGAACCUUGACCCCAGGGAGCGGCUGGUCGCCAUGGAAGCACAGAGGAAAGACCUCCCCAAGGGGAUCCCCCAGUGUGGGACUGAUGCUCUGAGAUUCGCCCUCUGCUCUCACAAGAUGCAGGGAGAAGACAUCAGUCUGUCCAUCUCUCAGGUCCUGAGCUGCAGACACUUUUGCAAUAAAAUGUGGCAGACGCUGAGAUUCACACUGGGAGUGCUGGGGGACAACACAGCACCAGUGGGAACACUGGAGGAGACGACUCCUCUGAGCAGCAUGGACCGGUGGAUCUGCUCUAGACUCUACAGCACAGUAUUACAGUGUGAGCAGGCUUUUGAAGCCUAUGAGCUACACACUGUCACAGCUGCCCUGUACUCCUUCUGGGUCCACAGCCUGUGUGACGUUUACGUGGAGUACGUGAAGCCUGUGCUGGUCCAGCAGGAUGAGGGGGCAGCGGUCCAGCCCGACUCAGAACACAGCGACAGAGCAAGGCAGGUGGCCAGCAGUGUCCUCUAUCACUGUGUGUCUACAUCUCUGGCCUUGCUCUCCCCUUUCAUGCCCUUCAUCACUGAGGAGCUGUGGCAGAGACUCCAGCCAUUCAGACCUGGAGGAGCCGACGCCCAGACCAGCCUGUGUUUACAGCCGUGCCCCCGCUCCUCUCAGCUGGCACACUGGCACUUCCCCGAAGAGGAAGGAGAUUUCCUGCUGGUCCAGGAAGCGAUACGAACGGCCCGCUCACUCCGAGCCCAGUGUGGCAUGACCAAAGAAAAACCUGCGGUGUGGGCAGUGUGUUCACCCAGCCAGGCCCGGGUCCUGCUUCACUUUAAGUCAGCUGUUUUGACCUUAAGCCGGAUCUCCAGCCUCCAUAUCUACUGCCCUCAGACAGCAGACAACCUCCGCUCCACUCCUCCACCUAAAGGAAGCCUCGUUGGUGUGGUGGACCACACGUGUCAGCUACACCUUCACGUUCAGAGUGGACUCAGCGCUGACAAACAGAUCCAGCAGCUCUCCCAGCGCAGAGACAAGCUCAUUCCCAAGCUGGAGGAAAUCCUCCACAGGGUCCGAUCUCCAGACUACCUGACCAAGGUUCCAGCUCAUGUCCGACAGCGCAUGGACAGUAAGGUGUCGGCCUUGCAGCAGGAAGUGAAAACCAUUGAGGACCAGCUGAAGGUGCUGCAACAGACUCAAACAGCAGAGUAACUACAGUCAGCAGUCCAUCAGAACUGAACACUGCAGGACUGCACAGGCUGCAGGAAUCAAUGCAAACAAACGAUGUAUGUGUUUUGUCAAUGUACAGAUGCCAUAAUGGAAGUUUCCACCAGCUUCAUUGGUUGCUCCUUAAAGGCCAGUAUGUGUGUCAUGUCAUGGCCUUUCAAGAACUGUGAUCACAGAUGGCAUCUCUGUUACUAAUCCUUCAUAGUGGUCAUUGCUUUAUAAAAUGAAUGUGUCUUUUUUUUCC